AUGGCUGCAAAUAUUAAAAAAAAUAAAGUUUUGUAUUUUUUAAAUAAUGAGAUAAAUAAUAAUGAUGAUGAUUAUAAUGAAAUAAAUCAAGAAUUUUUUUUAAAAAAUAAUAUGAAUUGGAAUCAAUUAAAAUCGAUAGCUAGCCAAAGUUGGGAAAAUGAAAAUAACCAUUUUAAUAGCGAUCCAGAAAUUGAUUAUACAAUAAUAAAUUCUGAUUUUUAUAAUAGCAACAAUUUAAAUAGUCCAAAAAUGAUUGUGAAAAAAAAGACGACUCAAUUAAAAAAUUAUUUAAACAAAUUUAAUAAUAAAGGAAAAAAAAAUAGUUUAAAUAAAAGACGAUAUGAAGACUUAUUAGAGGAAUAUACAAAAAAAAAAAAAAAUCAUAAUUUAUCAAUGAUGAAUAUAUCUGAUGAUGAUGUUUUUUUAUUUGAAUGUAAUGAACAAUAUAAAAAUAAAUAUGGAUUUGAAUUUUGUGAAAAUUAUAAAAAUACUUAUAUAAAACCUCGGACAUGCUCAAACACCUCUUUGGACGGGAAAAUAAAUAUGUUAGGUAAUGGCAAAAUAAUAAACAAACCAAAUAUAUUUAAAAAUCAUUAUAUUGGAGAUAAUACAGACACAACAGAUGAUAGUAAUUAUGAUCUUGAUGAUAACCAUAAUAAUAAUUUUUUUCAAAACAUCGAAAUAGACAAUAUAUAUGGUUCAUUUGUUGAAGAUGAUAAAAACUCAUUUAUUUUGACAAAGAAUAUGAACAAAAAAUUUAAAAAUUUCCUUGAAAAAAAAAAAAGAAAAAGAGAUCGUAAUAAAGAAUAUUCAAUAAAUUUUAAUUACAAUAAAUUAUAUGGCGGAAAUAAAAGCUCAAAGGAAAUUGAUGCCAUGUUUUAUAAAAACGAAUAUGUAUUAAAUAGUAUGCAUGGAGAAACUGAAGUAGUUAAAGAAAAUCAGGAUGAUGAUAUUUCUGAGGAAGAAGAAGAAGAAGAAGACAGUGAACGAAUAAACAUUGGUAUGGAUGAUUUUGAAAAAAACAAUCAAUCGAGCUAUGAACAAACAGAAGAUAAUAAUGAUGAACUUAUUAAAGAAAAAGAGACAGAUAAUGAAACAUCAGAGAAUCAUAAAAAUGAAAUAAAUAAAGUUUCUGUGGGUGGAGAUAUAAAAUUAAGCAAACUACCAAUUACAGAAGAAAUAGAUAAAGAAAAUAAAAUCAAUGCAUUUAAUUUAAUAAAAAAUAAUAAAGAAACAAGAUCAAAUAUUUAUAAUUUAGAAAUUAAUAAUUGUUACAAUAAUAAAUUAGAAAAAAAUAAUGUAUUUUAUUUAAAAAAUACUGAUAAAGAAUUGAAUUUUUAUACACCAAUACAUAUAGUUGAUAAUGCUCAGAUUUUUAAAAUUAAAACUGAUAUUGAAGAAGAGAAAAAUAAUGGAGACAAAAAUAUAUUAGGAGAUAUUUCAGAUGAAACAGAAGAAAAACCAUCGACAGAUGUUGAGGGAGAUAAAUCAUUAGAUUCUGCUACUCCAUCUAUAGGUGAACCCACAAUGAUUCAUUUUACUAAUAGUGAAUCCACAGAAAAUGAAAAAAAAUGUGCAGCUGAUCAAGACGGGGAUGGAAAAGAAAAAGGGCAUACAGAUAAAAGUGGAUCAAGUAGAAGUAGCAACUCAAGUGUAAAUAAUUCCUAUGAAAAUGAAUCAAAAGACAGUAGAGAUAAUAUGUCAGGUAAAGAUAUUAAAGUAAAAAAAGGAAGUGAUGAUAAUAAUGAUAGUGAUCGUGAUGAUGGAAAAGAAGAUAGUGAGCCCGAUGAAAGGGAAGACAAAGAUAGCGAUGAUGAAGAAAAUGAGGAAGAGAAUGAAGAAGAAAAUGACGAAGAAAAUGAGGAUAAAAAUAAAGCAAAUAAAGAUAAAAAUGUAAAUGAUUCCGAACAUAGUGAAAAAUCAAUUGAUCAAGAUAGUGUAUCUAAUGAUCAUAGUGAUUAUGAAAAGACAGAUAAUAAAAAAGAUUUAAAAAAAAAUGAAAAACAUCCAAAAAAAAGAAAUUUAUUUUAUAAUAAUAUGUCUAAUAAAAUUUCAAAAUUUUUCUUUUUUACUUCAAAUAAAAAAAGUGAAAGUUAUUCAGAUGAAUAUUCAGAAAGAUCAUCAGUUGUAAGUUAUAAUGAGAAUUCUGAGAAAAGUUAUCAAAACGAAGAAAAGCAAAAUCAAUCAAAUGAUAAAGCUGAAAGUUAUCGAUCUGAGGGAAGAGAACGAUCAGUUAGUGUUCAGUCUGAGAAACGUAGGAGUUCAAUUGAGUCUGAUCAAAAUGAUGAUGACCAUGAAAAAAUGGAAGAAAGCAAAGUUGAAAGUAAUGAAAAAAUAUUGGAUCACACAAUUGAAAGUAGUGAUAAGACUGACGAUGAAAAGGUUGAAGAAAGCAAAGGCGAAGGUAGUGAACAAAUAAUGGACGAUCAAAUGGAGGAAGAUCAAAUGGAGGAAGAUCAAAUGGAGGAAGAUCAAAUGGAGGAAGAUCAAAUGGAGGAAGAUCAAAUGGAGGAAGAUCAAAUGGAGGAAGAUCAAAUUGAGGACGACCAAAUUGAGGAAGAACAAAUUGAGGAAGACAAAAUUGAGGUUGACCGAAUUGAGGAUGACCAAAUUGAGGAGGACCAAAUUGAGGAUAGCAAAGAACUUUUGGGAGUAGGUGAAAUUGCAGAAAAAGAUGACCCGAAAGUUGCAAAUGAAGAAGAAAUGAGCCCCGUAAAUAAUGAAAAUGUGAUUGAGAAAAAUAAAGUUAAAAAAAGUGAUAAGAAAGCAAAAAAAACAAAACAUACAAAAAUAAAAAAAGAAAGUAGUAAUAGUUCUGAUAUUGUAUCUAGGACAUGUAAUAUAUGUAAUGCUGUAUUUGUAAAAAGUAUAUUAAUGCAAAGACAUUUAAAGAGUGUUCAUUCAGAUGAAAGACCAUAUGAAUGUGAUGUAUGCUUUAAGAGAUAUAAAAGACCUGAUCAUUUAAAAUUACAUCAAAUGAAGCAUACAUCAAGUAGAAACGACAAGAAAUAUGAAUGUCCUACAUGCCAUUCAGUUUAUUUAACAGUCAGACAAUUAGAUAGCUGCAAAUUAAAACACUUAAAAAAUCCAAAUGAUAGUAUUACUGAUAAUAAUGAGGAUAGUAUCGCUAUAUUGGCAAGAAAAUUUGCUUCCUCACUAAAAAGGAGUAAUAACAUAAAUGACAAAACAAAUAAUAAAGAAAAUAAUAUGUUAGAAAAUAUAUCUCAAAAAAAUAACAACGAAUUGGAAGAAAAGAAACAAGACGAAAACGAAAAUGAACUUAAUAAUGAUGAGAAUGUAGAAAAUCAUAUUGAAGGUUUAGAAAAUAAAAACCAGGAAGAAAGUGAAAAUAAUAAACUGGAUAUUCACAACAAUACAAAUGAUGGUAUUAAUAUGCUUGAAAUAAAAAGAGAGACACCAGAACAUAGUAGUAAUAUGCCUAUUGAAAUCCGAACAUGUAAUGUUUGUAGUAUGGUAUUUGCAAAUAAGAAAUUAAUGAAAAGACAUUUAAUGAGUGUACACACAGAUUCGAGACCAUAUAAAUGUGAAUUAUGUUUAAAGACAUAUAAAAGAUCAGAUCAUUUAAAAAAACAUAUAUUAACUCAUGAAGAUAAUAAAGUAAAAACAAAAUAUAAAUGUGCAAUUUGUCAAGAUGAAUUUGAUACACCAAAAGAAUUAAAGGAACAUAAAAUACGACAUUAUCAAUGUCCAUAUGCAAAUUGUUCAUAUCAUUAUUCAACAAUUUCGAAUAUGAAAUAUCAUUUAAAUAAACAUAAAUGUAAUUUAUAUUAUUCUUGCCCAGUUUGUGAUGAGAAAUUUUAUAUAUAUAAAGAAUUUAUACAACAUAAAAGAUCAUGCUUUAAAAAAAAAUAUGUUUGCUUACAAUGUAAUAAGAUAUAUUUACAUUCCAAUGGAUAUAAUAAACAUAUUAAAAAAGUUCAUUUAAAAAUUUUCAAAAAUUAUAAAUGUACUAUAAAUAAUUGCUACAAAGAAUUUGCUUCAGAAUUUAGUCUAAAAGAACAUAUUAUUAAUUUUCAUCAUCAUGUUAAAAGAUUUUUUUGCUCAGAGUGUAAUAUAUCAUUUGGCUAUCGCAGUUCAUAUAGGCGUCACAAUGUUAAUGUGCAUUCAUGA